UAUGGCUGCACCUGAUUUUGAUUGUUUUAGAAAGAUUAAAGUGCUUGGAGAGGGUGCUUUUGGUAAAGCACUAUUAGUAGAGGAUAUUAGAGAUGGGUACUUUAUGUAUUUGACUUAUAGGACUUAAUGGGUGAAAAAAUAAAUAGAUAUCAGUGCAAUGCCUUAAAAGGAAAAAGAAGAAACAAUUAAAGAAGCAAAAAUACUAUAAUGUUUAGAUCAUCCUAAUAUUGUUAAGUUUAAAGAUGUAUUCGCAACUAAGUAAGGUAAAUUAUGUAUUGUGAUGGAAUAUGCUGAUGGUAGUUAAUUAUUUUAUUCUUAGGUGGUGAUUUAGCUUUGAAAAUCAAAAAUUAAUAAGGAAAGUUAUUCUAAGAAUCAUAAAUAUUGGAUUGGUUCACAUAAAUUUGUUUAGCAUUGAAACAUGUUCAUGAUAGAAAAAUUAUUCAUAGAGAUUUGAAAGGAUAAAAUAUCUUUUUGAAUAGAGCUGAUAGAGUUAAGUUAGGAGAUUUUGGUAUAGCAAAGGUUUUAGGGAAUACUUUAGAAAAAGCAAAGACUUGUGUAGGAACCCCUUAUUAUUUAUCUCCAGAGAUAAUUGAAUCGAAGCCUUACUCUUAGGCUGUAAUUUAUUUCAAUAAUGUAGAGCGAUAUUUGGUCUCUAGGUGCAAUUUUAUAUGAAUUAUGUGCUUUGAAACCACCUUUUCUUGCAGAUAGUUUACAUUUCUUAGCUUUAAAAAUUAUUAAAGGAUAAUUUCCAUCAAUACCAAAUACUUUUUCUAAAGACAUGAAUAAUUUGAUCAAAGCCUUAUUACAAACAUCACCAUAAAAAAGACCAAAUAUAAAUUAAAUAUUAAGUAAUUCCUUUUAUUAAUAUUAGAAAUGCCAAUAAUAAGUGCCAGAAUGAAAGAGUUCUUAACUGAAAGUUAAUAAAAGGUAGAAUUUGCUCAUACUAUUUUACAUAAAUAAGUAAUUAAUAAUAAUCGAUUAUUAAUAGAAACUAAAUUGUUUAGCUAAAAUAUCUGAUUUAAAACUAAUAGAUGAAGAUAAUCUUAGACCACCACCUAAUUUAUUAAGUAAAUAAAAUAGUAGUCAAUCUUAAUCAUAAUCAUCAUUAUUACAAUAACCACAAUAAUAAUAAUAAUAGUACUAAUAACCAUAAUAACCAUAGUAAUAAUAAUAGUAAUAGCAAUAAUAAUAAUAAUAAUAAUAAUAAUAACUAGUUCAAAAAUAAUAAUAGUAUGUACCUUAAUAAUAAUUUAUUCCAAAAUAAGUUGUCAAUUAAUAGUAAUAAUAAAUUUAAUAAUAAAAAGUAUAAUAAAUACAAUAACCACAAGUCUAAUAACAGCAAAAAUAAUAAAGCAAUUAAAUAUAUUCAUAAUAGUAAUAGAAUAAAAAGGUUUAAGGUAGAUAAGAAAAACCCUUAGUUCAAUAACAUGUUAUGUAACAACCGAAAUAAUAUGUAUAAUAACCAAGACGUGAAUAAUCAAAGCCAAAUUCUGCUGUAUAACCAUAAAAAUAAAGAAAUAGCAGCAAGAAUAAAUUAGUGGAUGUGGAAAAACAGGAAUAAGAAAGAAAAAGAAUGUAAUAAAUUAAAUUGGAAGCUGAUCUUAAAAGAAAAGAGGAAGAAAAGAAAAAAUUAUUGAAAAUUCAAUAAGAAGAAGAGGCAAAAAAAAGAAUAAAAGAGGAUUAAAAAAAGAAGAGAGAAUAACAAUAAAAAGAGAUGAGAGAAGAUUUACAAAAAAAAAGAUAAUAGAAACAAUUAUAAUAAUAAAGCUAACCUAAUCUUGAAAGUGAACCAAAAUAUAUUGUUAGACAAACAAUUUCAUAACCAGAAAAUUUUGAAGAUGAUUUCUUGGAGGAAUACAAUAGUGAAGAAGAAAAUCUUGAAACUGAGGAUUAAUAAAGUAAUAAAAUUUAAUUCGAAUUGGAUCUUGAAGAUGAAGAUGAACCAAAUAUGGAUUAUGGAUUAGUAUAAUAAGAAAAUGAUGCAGAAAUUGAUGCAUUAUAAUAAGCAAUCUUAUGUAAAGAAUAUUAGAAAGUGGUAUGUUGAAUUCAUUUAUUAUUAGCUAGAAGAAGUAUAGGAAACUAAUAAUAUCGUCAAUUAAAUAGAAGAAGCUUAAUUUGAAAAAAAAAAGUAAUAGUUAUGGGAAUAAGUUGAUCUUGAGGAUGUUAUAAAUGUUGAUGAUUUAGAAGAUGAAGAUGAUGAAGAUGAUUUAACCCUAACUAAAUCUGCUAUAUAAACAAAUUAAGAGUUAGGAUUGAAUUACUUUAGUAAUCCAAAUGGCUUAAGAUAAUAUUUAUCACAAGUGCUUGGAAAAGAUGUAUUUGAAAAAAUCUAUAACAUCACUUAAAAGUAAAUAUUAAAUGUAAUCUGAGUGAUCUUUUGACAUAUCCAGUAGAAGAGAUUGAAAAAAUAAUUAACAAUAACACGAAAUUGUUAUCAUAAUUAACAUAAUAAGAAGCAAAAAAGUUUAUGCCUUUGAUGUUGUAAUUAGUAAUAUUGGAAAAUAUUUAAUGA